AUGGAUACAAAAACAAUUCAUUCCGAUGAGUUAUGUGAUUCGUCAUCUAUUAAUGGGUUGGUAAUAGAUGCACCUAGAAAAUUCGGAUGUUCUCUUCAAAACAUCAAAAAUCUAGAAGAAGACUUGAUUGAUACUUUUAAUGAGUUUGAUUCAAAUGAGCAUGUAAAACUUGAAAAACUAAUGUGUUCAGGAAAAAAUUCCUCAACAGAGUCUUUGUAUCUUGAAGAACUGUUAAAGGCAUUAGAAAAAGCCGGCUUGAAGUACGAAGAUUAUUUAAAGACUAUGGAUGAUUUGAAAAACGACAAUGAACCUGGGGAAGAUAAUCAGACAGAUAUGGAGUUGGACGGAUAUAUUUUAGAAGCUACUUCCAAUCCCUCUAGGAAGUCAUGCAAUAAAGAUAUUCUGGACGUUCAUCAGAAUACACUCCCAGUACAACCAUCUAUUGUGUCAGGUAAUGGCAACACACUUAUAGAUAAUAAAUCAAAAAUCGAGAUUAUGCACCAACGAUUGAGUAAAGAAAUCAUGAAGUAUGAAAAGGCUAAAUGGGAAAAUUAUAUUGAUACUUUAGAGAAUGCAAAACUAUGGAUAAACAAAACCAAUCUUCCUUUAAAUGAAAUUUGUCUUAGUUCAAAAGAAAAUGAUUUGAGCAAUCAACUCAAUGAUGACAAUCAAGUUGAUAAUUCAAUGACGUAUCUUAAUAAUCGUUUAAAAGAAUUAGAAAAUGAAAUGAAAUCUGAACUAGAACAUUUGAAACAAAUUCAGCAAAUUAAAAGUGACUCCUUUACAGCUAAUUCAAAUUAUCAACUACAUUGUUGCCGAUCUUUGUUGAAUAUUGAACAAAUAAACCUAACCGCAAGAUAUUUUAAUGAUGAAUAUAAAGUAAGACCUCAGUCUGCUGUUGAGCGACGUUCAAAUUCCGGAAAACUUUGUGAUAGAACUAAGUUACUUGAAAGAAAUCUCGGCUAUUAUUUUGGUUUACCUGAUGGGGCGAGAACAAGCUGUUGGGGAGAUGGUUGUGAAUGUGACAGUUGUUUACAGAAAAAAACUGAGACAGUUGUUACUAAUACAGAAAACUAUUCAAGGUGUAAAGUCGAAGAGUUUGGCAGACUGUCGGUUGUUGAAGUUUCUGCCAAUGCUGCCAACUUCACUGUCCCAACUAAACCGACCGAAGAUGAUAAGGUUUCUCGUCCUGGUACCUCAAGUUCUUUGAAACUCCAGCUAGCCUAUGGUGUUGGUGAGACAUGUCACUCACCGUCUUUGGAGUUAACUGACUUAAAAGAGUUGGGUAUGGAGUCUGUGACUAAUCAAUGUCCUGCUGUGGCGAUUGGUUCUACAUUUCAAAAUGUUUGUGAUCAAGUUGAUAGGUCAGUUGUAGAAGUAUCUAAUAUUACUGGCAAUCACUAUGUUAAAACUGAGCAAACUGGUGAGAAAGAAGUUUGUUUUCUCGAUCCUUUGGCUGCAGCAGCAAUAGCGUUGUCUGAUGACAAUGAUUCAACCUAUGAAUUCACAUCUAUGACAUCUUGUGCUGCUCAAACAUUGCAUGAAAAUGCGAAAAGUGAUGUCAAUUCAAUACCGGAGAUUUCUUUAUCUGGAUCAGAAAACUGCGACAGCAACUUUUCAGGUACAAAGUUAAAGAUGAAAACAUUUUAA